ACUGUGCUUGAGAUGGCUCGCACCAAGCAGACAGCUCGUAAAUCCACCGGCGGGAAAGCCCCGCGCAAGCAGCUGGCCACCAAGGCCGCCCGCAAGAGCGCGCCGGCCACCGGCGGCGUCAAGAAGCCGCACCGCUACCGGCCCGGCACCGUGGCCCUGCGCGAGAUCCGCCGCUACCAGAAGUCCACCGAGCUGCUGAUCCGCAAGCUGCCCUUCCAGCGCCUGGUGCGCGAGAUCGCGCAGGACUUCAAGACCGACCUGCGCUUCCAGAGCUCGGCCGUCAUGGCGCUGCAGGAGGCGUGCGAGGCCUACCUGGUGGGCCUGUUCGAGGACACCAACCUGUGCGCCAUCCACGCCAAGCGCGUCACCAUCAUGCCCAAGGACAUCCAGCUGGCGCGCCGCAUCCGCGGGGAGCGGGCGUGGAACCCCUCAACAGCUAUUGACAACAUUUCCCCGCUUUCCUCCAAAAACGGCAAGCUCCUGAACCCUGUCGGAGAGUGCUGGCAGCUGUGCAUUUACCCAGUUCUGCACGCCCAGCAGCGGGAGCCCCUAGCCGGGGCCACCGCAGACCUGAAGGCGGUUCUGCGCCCCGAGGACAUUGGUGUCUGGGACCAGUUUGGGCACCGCUUGGGCCUGGCUGGAAACGUGGGGUCCCAGUGCCACCCAGGGCCCCUCUAUGAGGAUUCCAGCUCCCCUCCGUGCGCCAGGCGCGACGCCUCGCCCGCGAUGCGCUCGAAGAUGUCGUUCACGAACGAGUUCAUGAUGCCCAUGGCCUUGGACGAGAUGCCCACCAAUCAGGUGGAGUUUGACGUUAUAAAUACGAACCAGAACAGGAGCGGCCUCAGUUGUGAACUUUGUUUGCAGUCCCUAACCAUGGCUCGGACCAAGCAGACGGCGCGCAAGUCCACGGGCGGGAAGGCCCCGCGCAAGCAGCUGGCCACCAAGGCCGCUCGCAAGAGCGCUCCGGCCACCGGCGGCGUCAAGAAGCCGCACCGCUACCGGCCCGGCACCGUGGCCCUGCGCGAGAUCCGCCGCUACCAGAAGUCCACCGAGCUGCUGAUCCGCAAGCUGCCCUUCCAGCGCCUGGUGCGCGAGAUCGCGCAGGACUUCAAGACCGACCUGCGCUUCCAGAGCUCGGCCGUCAUGGCGCUGCAGGAGGCGUGCGAGGCCUACCUGGUGGGCCUGUUCGAGGACACCAACCUGUGCGCCAUUCACGCCAAGCGCGUCACCAUCAUGCCCAAGGACAUCCAGCUGGCGCGCCGCAUCCGCGGGGAGCGGGCGUAAGCGGUCCCCAUCGGACUGACGGUGACCUUGAACCCAAAGGCUCUUUUCAGAGCCACCUACACUU